CCAGUCAUUAUCAAAUGUACGUCACACAUUUAAGGCAAAAGUAAAGAUGAGUAUGUUCUAAUUUAUACCAACAUUGUUUUCAAUACACCACCUUUAUGUUUUGUCUGAUAGUCAAGCUUCCUGUGUGUUGUUUUUAAUUUGUUUUUUUAAUUUGUUAUUUUAAAUGUAUUUAUUUUUUGUGUUCUAAUUAAAGUUGUUUAUUAGUGUUUAAAUAGUUUAAAUAUGUUUAUUUUUGUAUUUAUAUUUGCACACUUUGUACUAAGCAGCAUCUUCUCCCAAACCGAUCUUCGUACUUCCUGUUCUGUGUCACUCUCGCGGCAAAAGCAGACCGCGCCAAAAUAGGAAAACAACGCGAAUAAGGGGCAAUCCAUCUGGGUUACUUUUACUCUCAGUAACGUUAAAUGUCCAGUUAAACACAGGUGUAUGGUGCUGUGUGGUCAAGGUUUAACUUGUGUGACUGCGCAUAAAGCAACAUGGUGCUCCAAAACAGUGGACGAUUCAAAGCUGACCGAGGAGGACAAAGUGGCGGAGAUCAGGAAAACCAGGAUGAUGGAUCGUCAGUGUCAGCUAUCAAGAGGCUUGAGCAGAGCCAGUUUACAGAUGAGAUGGACUCUCGUUUUGGCUUUGAUAGAAUCCAAGAACCAGGGGAGAAGACUGGCUGGCUUAUUAACAUGCAUCCAACUGAGAUCCUGGAUGAAGACAAGCGACUCGUUAGUGCUGUGGACUAUUAUUUCAUUCAGGAAGAUGGGAGCAGGUUUAAGGUUGCCCUUCCUUUUAAACCAUAUUUUUAUGUAGCAACUAAAAAGAACUGUGAGAGGGAAGUGAUCUCUUACCUUUCAAAGAAGUUUCAAGGAAAAAUGGCAAAGCUGGAAAUGGUCCCCAAAGAAGACCUAGACCUGCCGAACCACUUAGUUGGGCUUAAAAGAAACUAUAUCAAACUUACCUUCAACACCAUGGACGAUCUUAAUAAAGUCAGACGGGAGAUUGCACCAGCAGUACGUAAAAACAGAGAGAAAGAGCAGUCCAAUGAUGCAUACACCUCAAUGUUAUCAAGUGCUUUGUCAGGUGGCAAUGUGAUGUCAGUCGAUGAAGAAGCAAUGGCCAAAAGUAUCUCUGAACAACUGGACAACAUUAUAGAUAUGCGAGAGUUUGAUGUACCCUACCAUGUGCGUGUGUCAAUUGACUUGAAGAUACAUGUGGCUCACUGGUACAAUGUUCGAUACAGAGGUAGCUCCUACCCACCUGAGAUUGUACGAAGAGAUGACCUUGUUGAGCGGCCAGACCCUGUUGUUUUAGCAUUUGACAUAGAGACCACAAAACUUCCGCUGAAAUUUCCAGAUGCAGAGACUGAUCAAAUCAUGAUGAUUUCAUAUAUGAUUGAUGGUCAAGGGUUUCUUAUCACAAACAGAGAGAUUGUGUCAGACAACAUAGAGGAUUUUGAAUUUACUCCUAAACCAGAGUAUGAAGGUCCCUUUACUGUCUUCAAUGAAGAUGACGAGGUCGCCCUUCUUAAGCGUUGGUUUGAUCACGUUCAAGAGACAAAACCAAACAUUUUUGUGACUUACAAUGGAGACUUCUUUGAUUGGCCUUUUGUGGAAACACGGGCAUCCCUUCAUGGACUGAGCAUGUACAGAGAGAUUGGUUUUCAGAAAGAUAGCCAAGGGGAAUAUAAAUCUAGCCAGGCCAUUCACAUGGACUGCUUAAAAUGGGUAAAAAGAGAUAGCUACUUGCCCGUUGGAAGUCAUAAUCUGAAGGCAGCAGCCAAAGCUAAACUAAGCUAUGAUCCUGUAGAGUUGGAUCCAGAGGAAAUGUGUCGCAUGGCAACUGAGGAGCCUCAGACAUUAGCCACUUACUCCGUGUCUGAUGCAGUCGCAACUUACUACCUCUAUAUGAAGUAUGUUCACCCCUUUAUCUUUGCGCUGUGCACGAUCAUUCCAAUGGAACCAGAUGAGGUGCUGCGUAAGGGCUCUGGAACACUGUGUGAAGCUUUGUUGAUGGUCCAAGCCUUCCAUGCCAACAUCAUCUUCCCAAACAAACAAGAGCAAGUUUUUAACAAGCUGACUGACGACGGCCAUGUUUUGGACUCAGAAACUUAUGUGGGUGGUCACGUGGAGGCGCUUGAGUCUGGGGUUUUCCGCAGUGACAUUCCCUGUCGCUUUAAAAUGAACCCGGCAGCGUUUGACUUCUUGUAUCAGAGAGUUGAGCGCACAAUGCGUCAUGCCAUUGAGGAGGAAGAGAAAAUGCCUUUAGAACAGGUUACAAACUUUAAUGAGGUUUGUGAUGAUAUAAAAAAGAAGUUGACAUCCCUUAAAGACGUUCCUAAUAGGAUUGAGUGCCCUCUUAUUUAUCAUCUGGAUGUUGGUGCCAUGUAUCCCAACAUUAUUCUGACCAACCGCCUCCAGCCAUCUGCAAUGGUUGAUGAGGCCACCUGUGCUGCUUGUGACUUCAAUAAACCUGGAGCCACUUGUCAGAGGAGGAUGACCUGGCAAUGGAGAGGAGAAAUCAUGCCUGCCAGUCGCAGUGAAUUCCACCGUAUUCAGCAGCAGCUGGAGUCUGAGAAGUUUCCUCCAUUUUUCCCCAAUGGUCCUCCUCGAGCAUUUCAUUCACUAAACCGAGAGGAACAGGCCAAACAUGAGAAGAAACGUCUGGCAGAUUAUUGCAAAAAGGCCUAUAAGAAGGUACAUGUAACCAGGCUGGAGGAGCGAAUCACCACUAUCUGUCAAAGAGAGAAUUCUUUCUAUGUUGAUACGGUCAGAGCCUUCAGAGAUCGGCGAUAUGAUUUCAAAGGACUUCACAAGGUCUGGAAGAAAAAACUGUCCGCAGCCCAAGACAGUGGCGAUGCAGCAGAGGUGAAACGCUGUAAGAACAUGGAGAUUCUGUACGAAUCUCUGCAGCUGGCACACAAGUGUAUUCUCAACUCUUUUUAUGGAUAUGUAAUGAGGAAAGGGGCACGCUGGUACUCCAUGGAGAUGGCUGGUAUUGUGUGUCAUACUGGAGCCAACAUCAUCACACAGGCCAGAGAGCUCAUUGAACAAAUAGGGAGACCCCUUGAGUUGGACACAGAUGGUAUCUGGUGUGUCCUUCCUAACACUUUUCCGGAGAACUUUGUUGUGAGGACAAGCAAUGAGAAAAAGCCUAAGGUGACCAUUUCGUAUCCUGGGGCCAUGCUGAAUAUAUUGGUAAAGGAAGGAUUCACUAAUAACCAAUAUCAUGAAUUGGUUGACCCUGUAUCUCUCACUUACAACAUCAAAUCGGAGAACAGCAUCUUCUUUGAGGUGGAUGGACCAUAUCUGGCCAUGAUCUUGCCUGCCUCUAAAGAGGAAGGUAAAAAGUUGAAGAAAAGGUAUGCUGUGUUUAAUGAAGACGGCUCUCUAGCUGAGCUCAAAGGUUUUGAAGUGAAAAGAAGAGGAGAACUGCAGCUCAUUAAGAUCUUUCAGUCGUCAGUUUUUGAGGCUUUCCUUAAAGGUACAACUCUAGAUGAGGUAUAUGCAUCUGUGGCCAAAGUGGCAGAUUACUGGCUGGAUGUACUCUACAGCAAGGCUGCCAAUAUGCCAGACGCGGAGCUGUUUGACCUGAUUUCUGAGAAUCGAUCAAUGUCUAAAAAGCUGGAGGACUAUGGGGAACAGAAGUCGACGUCUAUUAGCACUGCAAAAAGACUAGCUGAGUUUCUGGGAGAUCAAAUGGUGAAAGAUGCUGGUUUGAGCUGUAGAUUUGUUAUUUCUCGAAAACCUGAAGGGUCCCCUGUUACUGAGAGAGCAAUUCCUUUAGCCAUCUUCCAAGCAGAGACUAGUGUGAGAAAACAUUUCCUUCGAAAAUGGUUAAAAAUGCCAAGUCUACAUGACCUGGAUAUUCGCUCGAUUGUUGAUUGGAGUUACUACAUAGAAAGAUUGGGCAGUGCUAUUCAGAAAAUCAUCACAAUCCCAGCAGCUCUGCAACAGGUGAAGAAUCCUGUACCGAGAGUCAGGCAUCCUGACUGGCUCCAUAAAAAACUUCUUGAAAAAAAUGACAUUUACAAGCAAAAGAAAAUCAGUGAGCUUUUUACCAGCGAGGGUAAGAGACAGGUGGCUCACCAGCUCUUCAACCAAGGAGAGACUCCUGACAUUGAGGAUUUUGGGAUGCCAAAACCCAUUCAGCCAGCCAUUCUCAUCAGUACAAAGAGGAAGCGGUCUUCACAGGGAGAGGACAGCCAGGCAGAGUCUCAGGACCUGAACCUCACACAGUCAUGGAGAGAGAUACUGGGUCCUCCUCCACCCAUGGGAUCCACAAAGGAACAACAUCUGGUUUGGCUGCGAUAUCAUAAGAAAAAGUGGGAGCUGCAGCUGAGACAGAGAAAGGAGAGGAAGAAGAAGAGGAGACUGUUGGAUGGAGAAGCUCAAUCGACAGGAGGAGUGAUCAGAGAGGGACCCAUCACCGGACUGGGGAGUUUUCUACGAAGAACGGCACGUAGCAUCUUAGACAUGCCCUGGCAGAUUGUGCAGAUUGCAGAAACCAAUCACCCUGGCUUAUAUAAACUAUGGGCUGUGAUAGGGAAUGACCUUCACUGCAUGAAGCUUAACAUUCCUCGAGUUUUUUAUGUCAAUCAGAAGGUUCCAAAACAGGAAGAGGGUACCACUUAUAAAAAGGUGAACCGCAUGCUUCCGCGCUCUAACAUGGUGUAUUACCUUUAUGAGUACACUGUACCAGAGGAUAUGUACCAGGAGCACAUCAACCAAAUAAAUGCUGACCUAUCUGCACCUGAUAUUGAAGGAGUCUAUGAAACACAGGUCCCGCUGUUGUUCCGGGCUUUGGUGCAGCUUGGUUGUGUUUGCAUGGUCAAUAAGCAUGUAGUGCGGGACCUGGCUGACAGGGAGGCUGACACGUAUGACCUGGAGUAUCUAGAGAUGAGAUCUUUGGCACAGUUCAACUAUCUGGAACCAGGGAGUGUUCGCCAUAUGUACCUGUAUCAUCACAGCCAGGGGCAAAAGGCACUCUUUGGUCUUUUCAUCCCAUCUCAGCGCAAAGCUAGUGUAUUCAUCCUAGAUACAGUUCGAAGCAAUCAGAUGCCCAGCCUGAAUAACUUGUACAGUGCUGAGCGCACUGCACUUCUGGAGAAAACGACAGAGGAGCUCCUUCCACCAGAGAAACAUAUCUUUGAAGUUCGAGCUGAAAGUGAUGUCAAGACCAUCUACCGCGCACUGCAGCGCAUAUUGUUAAAUUACAAGGAGGAACGUCGGGGGCCCACGCUCAUUGCAGUCCAGUCAAACUGGGACUUGCGGCGCCUGGUUGCAGGGAUGACAGUGCUGGAGGAAUUUCCUGUUGUUCCAGUCCAUGUCAUAGAUGAAAUCAACUAUAAUGUCCUUGACUGGCAAAGACAUGGUGCCCGACGCAUGAUUCGCCACUACCUCAAUCUGGACAGCUGUCUGUCACAGGCCUUUGACAUGGCUAGAUAUUACCACUUGCCAGUAGGAAAUCUGCCACAGGAUAUCUCUAUCUUUGGGUCUGAUUUGUUCUUGGCAAGACACCUUCGAAAGCACAACCACCUGCUAUGGCUUUCACCCACCUCCAGACCAGAUCUGGGCGGGAAAGAGGUUGACGACAGCCGCCUGGUCAUGGAAAGUGAUGACAGGAGCUCAGUAGAAAUCAAUGCACAGGGAUGUUACUCCACAGUUUGUAUAGAGCUUGAUUUACAAAGCUUGGCAGUUAACACCAUCCUCCAAUCACAACAUGUAAAUGACAUGGAGGGUGGGGCCAGUCUGGGUGUAAGUUUUGACGUGAUCCAGCAAGCAUCUUUGGAAGACAUGAUGUCUGGAAACCAGGGAACAAGUGCAUUGGCAAGCUACGACGAGACAGCACUUUGCUCCAACACUUUCAGGAUCUUGAAAAGUAUGGUGGUAGGAUGGGUCCGGGAGAUCACACAGUACCAAAAUGUGUACGCAGACAACCAGGUGAUGCACUUUUAUCGAUGGCUGCGGUCCCGUAGCUCUCUGCUCUAUGAUCCUGCACUGCACCGCACACUGCACAACAUGAUGAAGAAGGUCUUCCUCCAGUUGAUUGCUGAGUUCAAACGCCUUGGCUCCACUGUUGUUUAUGGAAAUUUCAACAGAAUUAUCUUGUGUACAAAAAAGCGAAGGAUUGACGAUGCCAUAGGUUACAUUGACUACAUAACAAACAGCAUACACUCCAGAGAAAUCUUCCACUCUUUGUCGAUUUCAUUUUCUCAAUGUUGGGAGUUUUUGAUGUGGAUGGACCCAGCCAAUUAUGGAGGCAUAAAGGGCAAGUUGCCCACUAGCGUCUUAUAUGGCGAGGGGGGAACCAAGCUGACUAAAGCUGAAAAACAAGGAGAAGAUGACAGUGAGGAUGAAGAGGAGGAGGGUGCAGAGGAGGGUGACCAGGAUGGAGAGACAGAUGAGGUUGAAGAUCUGAUUGAGAGCAACUGGAACAUAAUGCAGUACCUUCCUCAAACUGCCUCCUGCCAGAAAUAUUUUCUGAUGAUUGUUUCUGCUUACAUUGCGGCCGUGUAUCACAGCAUGAAAGAGGAGAUUCGGCGUAAUGCGCCUGGAGCCACACCAAUAAAACGUCGAGGUGGAAGUCAAGUUACACAGCAAACUGUUGGGGACUUGAGUGCUCUUCCUGGAACCAUUUCUUUCUCUCAAGAAUACGUAUCUGGCGAGCUUACUCAGAACAUUUUUACCAUCACUCAAAAAAUCCAGAAGAAAGUGACAGGAACCAGAAAUGUGACCCAGCCAUCGGAGAUGUUCCCAGUUUUACCUGGUUCUUAUCUCCCACUAAAUAACCCAGCUCUGGAGUUUAUUAAAUAUGUCUGCCAGGUGUUGUCAUUGGAUCUCAACAUCACCAACCAAAUGAACAAAUUAAAAAGAGAUCUCCUGCGGCUUGUGGAUGUGGGGGAGUUUUCUGAUGAUGCCCAGUUUCGUGAUCCCUGUCAGUCCUACGUGCUGCCAGAAGUCAUUUGUCAUCACUGCAAUUUCUGUCGAGACCUUGACCUCUGCAAGGACCCUUCUAUAGCCCAGGACGGGUCAGUCUUGCCGCAGUGGUUUUGCUCAAAUUGCCAGGCUCAAUAUGAGACAGAGUCCAUAGAGAUGGCCCUGGUGGAGGCUCUGCAGAAGAAACUCAUGAGCUACACACUGCAAGACCUGGUUUGCAGCAAAUGUAAAGGAGUGAAGGAAGCCAACAUGCCUCUAUAUUGUAACUGUGCUGGGGAUUUUGAACUCACUUUCUCAACAAAGAGUUUCUCAGAGCAGAUCACAGUAUUUCAGAACAUUGCGUCCCACUACAACAUGAGCUUCUUGGGUGAGACCAUCGAAUGGCUGCUUGCUAUGAGUCCACAUUUGAGUCAAAAGACUCAAUAAAGUACCAUCUUGACACCAAGAUAUGAAAACCCAUAUACUGAAAUUGCGUUGUGUUACACUAAAAACAUGUUCAAUGAUCAAAUAAACAUACUGGGUACAUUUUUGUUUUUUAUUGUGGGCAUAUUUCUUGUACAGCAACAUCAGUUAUAAAUCAUAUGUAUGAGCUCUUUUAAAUGAGACAAAUUCACUUGGAAACAUAAAUAAAUAUGCGAAAAUUAA